CUGCUGGAAGUCUGACAGGAAACUUUCUCAGUCCUCUCCUCCACCUCCUCCUCAGCAGCAGCAGCAGCAGCAGCAGGAGUCCUUCACCCUCUGAUCCAUCUGGACUCCUCCACCCAUUGACUGAAGCCAUGGCUCCACCGCUCCACGCUGCGUCAGCGCGCAACUGAGGCUCGCGGACAUCAGGCUGAACCUGAUCAGGACAAGCUUUGGACUCACGUGUCAGUGAUUAGUUAGUAACGAUGGAGACUUUCUUUUACCUGCUCGCCUUCGUGUUGACUCGGGGCUGUUCGGGUCUUGGAUAUGUGGCCGAGUCCAGCGUUCAUGCAGGUCAGAGAGCGGCGAGCAGACACAGGAACUGGUGUGCUUAUGUGGUGACGAGGACAGUAAGCUGUGUGAUGGAGGACGGAGUGGAGACGUACAUCAAACCAGACUAUCAGCGCUGCACCUGGGGCCAGUGCCCUAGAGUUGCCUAUCGAACAUACAGGAGGCCGAGGUAUAAGGUAGCUUACAAGAUGGUGACAGAAAUGGAGUGGAAGUGUUGCCACGGUUACUCUGGGGAAGACUGCCACCAGGGUCCUCAGGGGACCCUUGACACCCGGGUCAAUGGAGGGCAGACUCAAACCACACAGACCGGGGGUGGAAAGAAGAGUGAAGAAGGUGAGAGUGAGACAAUCCGGGAUCUGCAAGAUACAAUCACUGGCCUUAAAAAAGAACUCCAUGACAUGAAGACCACCAUUGAUGGCAUAAACAAAAAGCUUCCCAGCCUGAAUGGGGCCACGGUCCCUGCGGAUUCAGCUCAGCCGUUCAUGAAAGAAACCAUCAGCAGCAUCCAAACGAAGCUGGACCAGCUCUACAACAGAACACAGGUCCAUGAUGAGACCCUGGUGAACAUCAACAACCACCUGGUGAACGGAGGAGGGAAUGAAUUGGAUGGGAAUGCUGGGAGAGGUGGAGGGAACCAGCUGAACACGCUGAAGGAGGAAAUCCUGACGGAGCUGGAGCGAAGGGUCUCUCUGUCCUGCUCAUCCUGUCAGGCCGGAGUGGAGGACCUGAGACGGCAGCAGGCAGAGGACAGAGAAAGGAUCCGAGCAUUGGAGAAGCUGAUCAGCUCCAUGGAGCAGAACGUCAGGCAGAACUUGGAGAUCUCCCGCAGAGAAAGCGAGCGCUCCCAGACCUGCUGCAACACCAUUACAGAGCUGGAGAGGCAGCUGUUCAACUUUGACACUCGACUUACCUCUACCUCAGACAAGUGUGACAGCAUUAAAGCGCGGCUGGAUAAGGAGCUGGCUGGGAUCGGUGGAAGGGGGGGAGGAGUCUCUGAGGAUCGGUUUAACAGCAGGCUGAGAGAGCUGGAAAAGAGGUUAAAUAACACAUUGAGGAAGACGGAGCAGAGGUGUACUAACACUGGGAGCAACCUUAAAGAAAGCAUCCAAAGAGAUUUCACCCAGCUGCGUAACACGGUCCUUACCCAGCUAGAAGACCAAACUGUUAAAAUCCAGCAGUUAGAACGGAGAGUGUUGAAUCUUGAACAUACAGAUGAAAAACACAACCAGCGUUUAGACAAGCUGGAGAACUCCACAGUCUUUCUUGACAGAAAGUUAACCUCAACUGCAAAGAUGUGCAACGAGACCUGUGGGCACAAAGGCAAAGGCCCCACGACUGACGAGACUGUAAAAACCUUAGAGUGGAGAGUCGUGACCAAUCAGGAACACAUCAAGAGGUUUAACAACACCCUGAACGAGUUGUCUGUGACAGGAGACUCCCUGAUCAACAAGGUGUUUGACCUACAUGAUGAUGUCAAUAAGAUAAUAGCUGUGACCGGACAAAAUGGUGAAAACUUCAACCGCGUCGUCACAGAGAUCGACACUCUGAGCAGAGGUUUUAAGGACUGUCUUGUUUGCCGCGACAUUGAGGAGGAUCUGCGCUUGCUCAACAGCUCCACAAAAGUCGGCCUUGACAACUGCCAGAGGGAGCUGACGGACCUGAGGAGGAAAGUUGACUCUGGGGAAUCCACCUGCUCUCAGGUUUGCUCCAACCUUCAGGAAGAGGUGGGGCGACUAAGAGAGGAAGUGGAGGAAUGCACAGGACAGUGUAAAAAUGGCAUAAAUGACCUGAAGAAACACUUGGAUGGUCAUACUUCCCGCGGUGAUCAAUUAGGAGGUGAUCUGACUUCCAUCCGAGGAGAGCUGGCCAAUGUCAUGGUGACCUUUAACUCCAUUAAUAACACUCUGAAGGACCUGGGUCGGACUGUGAGGACGCACGGUACCACUCUGAUAGACCUAUCCCACACCAAUGAUGUCACCAUGUCUUUGGUGAAAGAUGUACAGGAAGAGCUGACUGAGCACAACGAAGACUCAAAGAUUCAGUUUGACAAUCUGGGCAGGGAGCUCCAGAUCAUCCGAAGCAACUAUGUGACGGAGGUGGGGGAGUGCCGGCGGUCGAGUGAAGGCCUGGACCAAAGGCUCUCCAAGCUGGAGGGCGUCUGCGGCCGCUUGGACUCCUUCACUGACAGCCUGGAGAAAAUCAAAGAUGGCCUGAACAGACAUGUGUCCGGCCUGUGGGGCUGUGUUAACGGGCUCAAUGACACCGUGACGUACCAAGGAGAGCUCAUUGACAAUAUCCAGAACAUCCAGCUGGAACGUGUCCACUCCAGGAUACAUAGGCUGAACUCCUCAGUGCUGGACUUGGGCAAACAAUUCACUGUUUUCAGGGAACAGGACUUCAGGGGUCCACCAGGCCCCCGAGGAGAGAGAGGCUAUCCUGGACCACAGGGUCCUGUUGGACCCCAAGGAAGGGUGGGACCUCCAGGCAAAGAAGGCAGACAGGGACCAGUUGGACCACCAGGGCUCAGAGGAGAACAGGGUCUUCAAGGGUCUGAUGCCCAUGUGCCACGCCUUUCUUUCUCCGCUGCACUGACUCGUCAUAUGAGGAAAACAGGAACUAUAGAGUUUAACCAAGUCUUUGUCAAUGAAAAUGAUGCCUAUGAUCCGAAAACAGGUAUAUUUACGGCCCCUCUGCGUGGCAAAUACUUUUUCAGCGGCAUCCUAACGGGUCAUAAGAACAUGAAGAUUGAGGCGGUGCUUUCCAAGUCAAACGUCGGCGUUGCCCGAGUGGAUUCAGCAGGAUAUCAGCCUGAAGGCCUGGAGAAGCCCAUGGCAGAGGCCAAACAAAUCCCCGGAGCUCUGGCGGUGUUCAACAUCAUCCUGCCUUUAGAGGCCGGGGACACCGUCUGCAUUGACCUCGUCACCGGAAAGCUGGCCUACUCCUCUGAACCUUUAACCAUCUUCAGCGGGAUGCUGCUGUACUAGAACGGCUCUGACCGUAUGAUUUCAGAGUUUAUGUUGGACUCGACCACAGCGAGCCGUGGACAGAGUGUGAAACUGAUACAAAUGGACUGGAUCAGUCCAGCAAAGAGGACAAAAAUGUCUCACAGCUUUAAGGAAAAAAAUGUUUUUAUUUUCUGACUGACAUGUAUUUUCUUUUGCGGGGGGGAGAAAAAGCCACUGCUGGGUGAUUCUAUAUCUCUGUGCCUUGCUAUAAACUUUGAUACCUUCUUGUUUGCAGCUGCACACACUCUUAACUUUCACUUGUGUUAGAGAAAGGACAAAAAUGGAAAGAUUAAAGUUGUGGGUCCUUUUUAUUUAUCUGCGCUGUCCACUCACGCCACAACAAGUCUUUUAGCUUUCAUUACAUUCUCUUUUAUUUGUUUUAUCAUUUUCUUUCCUCUGGUCAUUUAUUUUUUUGUUGCUCAGUUUCAUUUUGACCACAAAGCAGUUCCCAGAAAUGCAACACUGAGUGCCAAUUGUCUUGGGGAAAAAUGCAGGGGAAGGACAAAGUCCAAACCGCUAUUCUUUAGGAGGAAAUGCACAAAUGAAGUCACUGACAGUUCAUCAGAGAAACCACAGGAUUUUAUAAAUCAUGCAGCCACAAAACAAUAAGACCAUUUUUGGACUUUGGCUGCGCCCUGAAACACAGGGGAAUUUGUCAGAUGGAAGAGAGGGGAUUUGUUUCCUCUUUGAGCCCUAUAGGAGUCAUCUUAAAGUUAGGAGUUCCAGUCAGAGGUUUACAUAAUCAUCAGCAUGAAUGCAAUGCUAUCUAAAUAUUAGAUUUUCAAAAAGAAUUCGAAAAACAGACCUGAGAUUCAUUAUAGAUGUUGUCAUACAGGCUUAUAUUUAUGCAUCAACCGUGAGUUAUUAUUGAAAAGUUUUUUCUUAGUGUGUUGCAGAGCGGCCAUUAGCAGGCUGGAUAUUUGAUCACAGCUCUGGUCUUAAUUAUUUUCUGGCACAGAACCAAACUUUUAGCACAGCUCCAGGAACUCUGCAGAAUUCAGGAUCAGGGGCCAUGCCAGAGGACCGACCUUUGCAGCAUGCUUAGGGCCUGCUUUUGCUGCAAUGCUACGUUGUGUGAAAAACAUAAUGUAAAAAUAAAAAAGGAGCAUGGCCCAUUCUUCAGACU